AUGGAGGCCAUUCUUAUGCGGCCUAUCUCGGCUAAUGGGCGCUUAAAAUUUCGGCGCGGAGCGGCGUCAGCGCCGGUGACAGCGGCCGGCGUCGUGACCACGGCUGAAAGGCUUAUGAGAGCUGCUCUGUUCCCGUGGGGGCGCGGCGCGCCUUGCUCCAAACACCGAGGGGCCAACAACCGGCUGCGCGGCGCGCAGUGCAACAACGCCCCACCCCGACUGCGGGCCGGAGACGAAUCACCUCUCGCGGCGGCGUCAAUGAGCCGCGCUGCACACCUUGCGCCAACAGAUGCACGUAUUGCCUCCCGGGGCGGCAGUGCGGUCCCUGGAGCAAGCGGCCGGAAACCGAGGCGACGUCAGCGGAGCGUCAGCGCUAACAAGCCGGGCCCACGCCAGGCCAGCCAGAGGGACAAAUUGCAGCUUCCGGCCCACACACGCGGCCCCGGCGCCCUCACCUGCCCCCGCUGGUCGUUAGCUCUCCUCUUCUGGUCGGCACCUCUGCUAAUGGCAGACCCGCCGGGCCCGCCGCCGCCAUUUGGCGCGGGCCGCCGUGUUAUUUGGCGAGGUGUCGCCCUCCCUGUGGCAGCCGAUACGCCAAUAAAGAGCGGGGAGCCGCGCGUCAGCGGCCGUACUUAUUACACUUCAGGGGCGGUUGGCAGGCGUGGCGGCGGCUCGCUGAUGACAGCCGCGGGCCGCGCGGCGUGGCGCCCGACACGUGACAGGAAGUGGUCGCUAGUCACACAGGCCACCAGGGCUGCCACCACACCGAGAGCGCUGACUCACUUACACGCUCCAAACAUCGUGAAACAUGGAAGGCUAGCACGACGCGAGUGGCUGCUACGAGCCGCCGUUUCGCAGCGUGAGCACGUGACACGAGACGGGGAGCCGGCGACAGGAAGCGGGCCCAUUUGGCACUCGGGGCCACUUGUUCGCGCCCCGGUGCGCGGUGGCGGGCGGGCUGUGACGUCAGCGCGGUUCGCCGCCGCUUCCGCCUCGCCUGACACGGCGGCGCCCGCCGACUGCCGGCGACGCAUUCCAUUGUCUCCGCGGGGGCAACGUCCAAGGUCACGUGACACGGCCCGGCGCCGCCGCCUCGACACCAGUACGCCCGUGUCACACACCCGCUACUGCCAUCCCGAGCCUGCGCCGUCCCCGCCUUCGUCCUCGGAGGGCAGCCGCGAGUCGUCGACGCCCGCGGCCGGCGCCACCCCCGCCAGCCACUGCGACGGGGACUCGGACCACGGAGGCGGCGGCGGCGGCGCGGUGCCCGCCGCCGCGCUGGGGCCCGCCCCCGCAGGCGGAGGCGGAGGCGCGCCCUCGGACCACGACGACCUGGACGAGGCGGAUGCCGAGGCGGAGGCGCCGCGGCGCAAGCAGCGCCGCUACCGCACCACCUUCACCUCGUUCCAGCUGGAGGAGCUGGAGAAGGCCUUCGCCAGGACGCACUACCCGGACGUCUUCACCAGGCGGUCGUUAAUCAAGCUCGGACGACGGACGGAGCUGCUGCUGGUUGGACACCUCGUUACCAAGACGACGGGCGCCGUCGCUGAGUCGCCUCCGUCCUCUGGAAAACAAUAUGAUAGGCUAGCGGAGGCGGAUCACGGCCCCAGCGGCGCCGGGAUCUAG